GUUUUUGAAACACAGUCAGCUUCGAGAACUGGUCCAUCCGUAAAUGCGUCCUUCCGAGGAAUGACUAGACUGGUGCAUAUUCAUCUCAUGCGUUCGUCUCUGAUUCAUAUUGGUCCAGCUCGAAAUCCUGACACGCAAACCGUUUUUAAUAUCCUUUAAACCGAGAGCAGACUUUAAUCAGUUUAGUCGACCGAGGUUUAUCGGGGUUUGAUCAGCGCUAUGGCGGAGAUGCAAAGGACAUCGAGUGAGACGAUAACGGAGACGAUAACGGAGACCGUUCAGAUGGGCACACCGCCUCCACCCCAGCAGGAGGGCAGAAGCCUGACCAUCAAGCUCAGGAAAAGGAAGACGGACAAGAAAGUGGAGUGGUCCAGUGACACGGUGGACAAUGAGCAUCUGGGCCGGAGGUCUUCAAAGUGUUGCUGUGUUUACCAGAAGCCUCGACAGUUCGGCGAGUCUUCCUCUGAGAGCGAGGGCGAUGACGAGGAUGGCUGCGGAAGUGCGCACUGCAUUCUGGGACACGGGAGAAGAGGCGAUGGACAGAGGGAGGGUGGAGAGAACACAGCGCCCCCUAGCUCUGGGGGAACAAACCCUCACUAGUAGUUGAGGGCGAGUCGGUUUGGAGGGAAGGGUAACGGACGGCGUGGGCACUACAUUCAUAAUCCCUCACUCAUAUCUGAUUACAUCACACCAUCACUUAGUGUCAAAGGCUUUUUGAUGAAUGAAAGCUUGUAGAGCAUUGCAAUGUGAUUCGUUUUCUCCUCCGUCAUCAGUUUGAUGACCUGGAGAAGACUGUUUUUUUGCGAUCUGAAUGCUGCAGAAAAUUUGUUGUACAUAGGAUAUUGGUUUUUAAUUCUUUUGUUAAAUCUAUAUUUAUUUGUGUGCGUUUAACAACUUGAUCUUAUCAGUUUUGUGUCCACCAUCAAUAUAUUAAUGGAUUAAAAUAUGAUUCAGGAGGGUUAUACCCUUUUUAGUUUGAAUCAAGCGGAUUUUAAAGGAAUAAACACAGUGUAAAAACAGACUUUUCUAUCAAAUAUAAUUUGCCUUGCUGUGUCACAAUUUCUUCAUAUCCCUUCGAGCGUAAUAUGUGUUGUGCUGUAGUGAAUUUAAAACAUGACAAGGAUCAGGAACUCAGCCCUUUGGAUAUUUUUUACAAGGGCGCAUUAAACCAUCUCCAUCAGCCGUCGUGAGUUUGAUUGAGCUCUAGUGAGACUCCCCUCAGACAAUCAGACUACAGUCAGAGACUCGGCAUGUGUGUGCAAAGACAUCGAUGUGUUUAUAACUUAGUGAAGUGGACAGAGAAACAUCUGUGAUGCUUGACUUCAUUCUGAAUGUGAGUUGAGAUCAUCAGCUUGAUAAUUACCUAAAAUAAACCGCAGCAGUGAAAUUAAAGAAAUAGUUCAACCACAUAUGAAUAUUUGCUAAAAAUGUCCUUCUCUUUAGGCCAUCCGCGAUGUAGAUGUUCAUCAGAGCAGAUCUGGAGAAAUCUAGCAUUACAUCAGUUGCUCACCAGUGAAUCCUCUGCAGUGAAUGGGUGCCGUCAGAAUGAGAGUCCAAACAGCUGAUAAAAACAUAAUAAUCCACACGUAAUCCAUACUAUACUCCAGUCCAUCUGUUAACAUCUUGUGAAGUGAUGUUGUUUUUUUAUUUCAAACUACUGCUUGUUGCUAAAAUAUGAGACCAUAAUCCAUAAUGUUGCUUUCUCCAGUGAAACGGUCAUGUUGUCUGAAUCAGGAGAGAAAUAUGCAUGGUGGAUUUGUUUCUUAGAAAUGUGCAGUUUUUAACUUCUCUAGACAGUAACUGAUAGACUGGAGUGUUGUGGAUUACUUGUGGAUUAUUAUAAUGUUUUUAUCAGCUGUUUGGACUCUCAUUCUGACGGCACCCAUUCACUGCAGAGGAUCCUCUGGUGAGCAGGUGAUGUACUGAUACAUUUCUCCAAAUCUGUUCAGAUGAAGAAACAAACUCAUCUACAUCUUGGAUGACCUGAGAGUGCUUAAAGUUUCAGCAAAUUUUCAUUUCUAAGUGAGCUGCUUCUUUAAACAGUGCAAUUGAUCUUAAAAUGUGUAGAUUUAGAAUAUUUUCCUUUCAUUUGCAUGCCUUACACAAAAUACAGGGGCAAUGUGUUGUGUGUGAUAAAGAGGAUCACCCUGAUAUGUGAGGUGUAUGUAGUUUGACUUGAGUUUUAAAGUGUAAAUGGAUUAAUUGUGGUAUAAAGCGCACGAGAGAGUGCAUGGCCGGAUGCUGGCCAAGACCAAACACCCAUAGCAUCAUCUUUCCAAUGAUGUCACAUACAUUUGAUUCCCAUCAGGACCGUCACUGCAGUCUUCAGCAUCCCAGCAUUCACAUCCAUCUGUCAUCCCUUUACUGUGAAUGCACCUGUAUGUACAUAGCAAUGGUCAUCGAAUGGAUUUAACAUGAAUAAACAAGAUGUUAAAUUGUUGUUUAUAUCUAUUAAAUGCUUAAUGGCAACCUG